UUUCAAUUCUCAGAAUUUCCAGUAAACAAUCAGCAUGGCGGAAAGCAAAGAAUUAGACAAAUUGGACCAGAAGUUCUCGUCAGCUGACCGCAUCCGGCAACUAAAUGAUGUGGACAAGGACGUCGCAAAGCUCAUCCACUCCGCCGGCCUCGCCGUCCAAGCUCUGACGAACGCCAAAUAUGAAGAUUCCCCCACAACAACGACAGCAGACACAUCCCUCGACUCCCAUAAGUCCCGCUUCAAAGAAGCCACCUCGCAAUAUUUCGCCCUCCUCUCUUCGAUUGAUGUCCGUCUCCGUCGCCAAGUCUAUGCUCUAGAAGAAGCUUCUGUUCUUGCUCCAGAAAUUGCGUCCCGGACCGGUGAGGGGGGUGCCGCUGGUGGGGGAGGUGCGGGGGUUGCGAAUCCGUUGGACAUCAGUUGGUUGAAUAGUAGGAAGGAUACUGUUGGGAAGGAUAAGGAGGCUGAACUUUGGGCUGCUGCGAGGGAGUUUGUGGAGCAGAUUGGCAAUCCAACUUCAACGGAAUUGGUGAAGGCAGAAGGGGGACAGAAGAUGGAAGUUGAUUGAUUGUCCGCUAUUGGGAAGGGAGAACAGACCUCCUUUUACUACUUCAUGAGAAACCAUAUUUUUGAUACCCUUUUGUUUUAAACCAAAUAGAAACGCAUCUGUCCGUGAAAUGGCACAGCAAUAUAGCUACAAUAAAAUUCAAUUUAUGUACUAGG